GUCCGCCAGUUGACGCGCCCAGUCGCUGCCGCGUGCGCCAACGUCUGCGGAGAGCCACCUGGAGCGCCAACACACACACACGCAGCACAACACGAGGCAGGCGUCUGCUGCUGCGGGCAUCCACCAUCACCUCACCUGCCGCUCCAGCUCCCCGUCUGUAGGUGACGUCCGUGUAAAUGGGCGGUUGCGAUGUCGAUGACAGCUCCGUGUCCGAGCGAGUGCCUGUCGAACGCGAGACACGAGUGCGUGUGUAAAAAGCUGCGCCGAUUCAAACUGAGACCACUGGACUGAACGGUGUUUACGAAGUGAACCCCCGCUACGUUUACCACGGAGGAAACUACGCUCCACUCGGCGCCCACAGUGACUGAGCCACCGACGAUAUUAGAGUCCAGUCAAGGCCCUCGGCGAAUGGCGUCGGGGGCGGCUGUGGCGGCGACUGCGACGGCGACGGACGCGGGGGCGGCGCUGCUGGUGGCGUGCGACGUGGCGCUGCUCUUCCUGUUGGUGGCGGGGCUCUUGGCCAACGCUACCGUGCUGCUCGUCUUCUACCGGCGGCCCGGCCUACGCACCCUGUCCAACAGGUUCGUGCUGAAUCUGGUGGCGACGAACCUGUCGGCGUGCUGCGUGUUCCUCCCGCUGGCGGCCGCGGACUCCGUGCUGUCCCGGCCGCUGUCCGCGCUCUGUUCCGCCGGCCGAGCCGCCGCCGCCGCCACCUGCGCAGCCUCAAUCCUUGGAGUACUGCUCAUCGCGCUCGACCAGUACUGCGCAGUCGUCGACCCGCUGCACUACCACUCGCGCAUCAACAAGCUGCGCUCCGCAGCCAUGAUGCUGACGGCGUGGAGUGUGGCGCUGGUGUUCGGCGCCCUGGCGGGCAUCGUCCCGGUGGAGGACUCCUCCGGCUCCAGUCUGUGGCAGGCGUGCUUGUACCGGCAUGCGCGUUCCGCUCCCAACACCAACACCACCGCCGACAACACCACCAGCACCAUCAGUGUGGAGGAGCCACAGCUGGAGCGGGCCGAUUACUCUCUCUACAGGGAGACAUUCGCCGCCUGCUACGCCAUCUUCAUAUUCGCCAUCCCGUUUGCUGGUAUCGCGUGGAUCUACCUGUGCAUCUACUCUGCGGCACACCACAACAGCAAGCGGACACGGCUCACUGGUUCUGGUCCGGUGGCAGCCAGCUCGCAGCUGACGUCACAAGUGAGCACAGCGGACGCGUCGGUCGACGCACAGGUGGCGGACUGCCAACCGCUGGCGUCGGUGGCGGAGGAGGCAUCGUCGGGAGACCUGCAGCCGCCGCAGCUGCAACAGCAGCCGCAGCCCACCACCAUCACCUUCUCCGUGUCCGCUGCGCCCGCCUCGGAGGACAACACGGCCCUCCUGCAACAAGUGACAGUGACGGUGACGCCGCCGAGCUCCCCGCAGAAGGGCGGCGGCCCUCCCACCUGCCAGUCGUCGCCCGCGCCUUCGACGCCGCUCUCGCGCGCUGCCAGCGUCCGCAGCACGUCGAGCAGCAUCGUGACGUCACUGAAGCACCGCAUCUCGAACGCGAGCGUGUUCCGCUACCGCGAGGAGACGCGGGCCGCGCGCGUCUCGGCGCUCGUCGUGGUGAUGGCGCUCUUCUGCUGGUUCCCCUACGUGGCGGCGCUGCUGCUGCACUCGGGGCUGCUGGUGGCGCUGCCCGCCGGCGGCGUGCCGCACUACGUGGACGCGCUCAGCCUCACCAUGCUGGCCGCGGGCACGGUCGCUUCGCCAUUUCUUUUCGCCCUCCGGUCGCGCCGCGUCCAGCGCGAGGUCCGCCGUAUCUUCGGGCUGCCGAGGCCGUCCGAGGCGGGGUCCGGUACCGCCACGUGCCGUCGGAAGGCGCCCACGCUGAGGCGUCCGCCGUCUGUGCAGGUCCACCACCCCCAGCAGACGCAUCUCACUGCAAACUACAGCCACGUGUCGCUGGACGUAAUGGCCUCCCUGGCGGAAGGCGAGACUGACUCUCUGUCCAAAGACAGUUCCUCGUCGGUACUGCAGUCGUUGCUCAGCAAAACUAAAUGGGGCUACAAGCAGCCCAAGUGCCGGACUAUGCUGUGCGACUUCGUGCCAGUUCCCGAUGCGGCCCUCAGCGUGGACACUUGUCGCAGUUCCUUCUCCAGUGGUGCUAGUACGCAGUACACGUCUUCCACCGUGGACACUGGAAUAGAUGACUGAGAUCGCCAAUUGCAGUGGUGUCGUUCGACUGUGUGAUCGUAACGACUGUUCGAAAAGACACUGUACAGUGCCGCAUUGUGUAUUUGGCGUUUUCUGUGUCCGUAGCCUGGAGUGCGAGUAAAACUGAUACUGUCAAUGCACAAUUGUGUACCAUAUUCCACUAAGUAUUCAAACCGUCAAAAAAUAACAAACACGUCUGUGUUUUUUGCUGUGUUAGAAAUUUUGUAGAGCAUUUACAAUUAGGAACUUCAGUAAGGAUGCUCUGGAGGUUGAUGUGUAACAAGUGUACUGUUUAGGGGAAAGAAGCUGAAGCACAGUCUCAGCUGAAAAUGGCUGCAUACUGAUUGCAGACUCUUCCAUCGAGAGAAUGAUAAACUAGACUAAAAUCAAUGCUAGAGCAUCACAAGUUAAUUGUGACAUACCUCGGACAAAGUCGUUGUAGUAGUAGUAGUGCUGUAAAUAGAGCAUAUUCGAACAGUUAAGAUAUGUAUAGUGCAGCGUGUCAGUAUUCCUUACAAUUAAGUUCCUGAAAGUGCUUAACUUUCUCAGAAGAAUGAUGAAGAGGUUGCUGAGGGUACUGCCAGCAUAUAACAAAAUUUGCAGGGUCUUGUGAUAGUAAGAAAUUCCAUUACUGUGAGUUCAUUAAGGAAGAAAAUUUAUUGUGGAGACUGCUAUAGGCAGCCAACAUUUCAGAUUUUCUAAAAUUUCAGUAUUCCACAGCUUGGUAGUGAAACUUCAAGUCCACAACUACAUUGCUGAAUAUGAGAGAGAGAGAGAGAGAGAGAGAGAGAGAGAGAGAGAGAGAGAGAGAGAGAGAGAGAGAGAGAGAGAGAGAGAAUGAUAGUGAUAUUAGAGCACUUUCACAUUUAUGUAGAUGGAAUAUGCUCUCUACAUUGGUACAGCAGUAUGUGAUGAUACGGUUGACCAGUGCUUAUUUAUAUGAGCUCAAAUUCUACUCACUGUAACUAACAGUCUUACCAUGUGACAGGUACAAAGCUUGGCUGGGAAUUAGUUAUUUCUCACUGAGCAUUUAAGUUACAAUAUCAUUACUAAGUAAUGUUACCCUUGCUGCAAUGUAGCAGUACAGACUCAUGCCACUGCCUAUUGUUAUUACUACAGCUAACCAACAUGGGGAAUUCGAAACACAUUGUGCAUGCUCCAAUGCUCUGAAAAAAAUCAAUGAAAAGAAAUAUUAUCCUAACAGAUGGUCAGUUACUGUUGCUUGUAAUUAACAGAUGUUGGUAGAUAUUAUUGUCAGAAAUACUGGCAUAAUAAAUUAUUGAGUUAAUAUUAAGAUUUAUAUCCUCAGCCUGUUUCAGCAAGGUCAGUCAAGCUAGUCAGAAUAUUAGUUUCUUUCAGACAUCAAAAAUUAGGCAAUGAUCAGAAGCUGAUUACAUCAAAAGAAUACUGCUGUACCUUCUGAAACGUCUAGAAAAUUAUGUAGCAACUUAUAAACUGUGUGUUCACAUCCCUGCUAUAGUGGGCUGUUUCUAAGUACAAAUGAUGUAAACAAAAAGUGACAACUUUAGAGGAACAGCAUUCUUUCAAGCCAAAUGUUUUGCCUGUCAAAUUGUAAAAUGCUAUCAGCAUAGUGAUAUUAUAUUUAAGUUUUGAAAAGACUGAUUUAAAGUAAUAUUAAACUGUUGUUUUAAUUUUUAUAAAAAACACAAUUCAUCAAGAAUUGCAGAAAUAAAUUUUUAUUUUAAAUGUUAGAUAUUUGAUGGAGAUUGUGCAGCUCAAAACUCACAAAUUACACUUUUCUAAAUUCAAAAUAUGUUUUGUAUUAAACACAUUUCAAAUUAGAGGCAAUUAAUCUUGAAUUAUGCAAAACUUCAGCUGUGUUUUUAUUAAUU